CGUCUCCUGAGCUAGGGUUUCUCCUGCAGCUGCUCCGAUGGGUAAGGGAACAGGGAGUUUUGGUAAGAGAAGAAACAAGACCCACACCCUCUGUGUGAGGUGUGGCCGCCGCAGCUUCCACCUCCAGAAGAGCCGUUGCGCCGCUUGCGCUUUCCCCGCUGCUCGCAAGAGGAAAUAUAACUGGAGUGUGAAGGCCAUCCGCAGAAAGACCACUGGAACUGGUAGGAUGAGGUAUCUCCGCCAUGUCCCUCGCAGGUUCAAGACUGGCUUCAGAGAAGGUACUGAAGCAGCACCUAGGAAGAAGGCUGCAGUAGCUUCUGCUUAAGGUGUUUUGGGCCUCUCAAUUGAAGUUAUGUGUUAGGGAAAAUUUUAUGAGAACAUUGCUUUAUCAAUGUUAUUACAAUUGAUCAUUAGUGGAUUUUUGUUUCCUUGUUAUGUAUCUGCUUUAAAUUUUGAGAAGUACUUACGGAGAUAUUAUUGUUUUACAGUUUAAUUAAGGUUAUGCUUGAAG